CAGUUGGUAUUCAAAAUGAAGUUAUUAGUAAUUCUUAGUUUGAUAGGAUGUGCGUUAAGUUUUCCUCGGGCUUACGAGCCCAUAGAGGUAGACUACCAUGGCCAGCAGGGUAUCCCCAUGGCCUCGUACCUACGCAACGCUGAAGCAGCUGCUGACUUCGACGGCGCAAGAAUCGUAGGUGGAACACCAGCUCGGCUUGGCGCGCACCCUCAUAUCGCUGGUCUCCUUAUAGCUCUAACACAGGGAGGAACAUCAAUGUGUGGCUCUUCUCUAUUAUCAAACACUAAGCUAAUAACUGCUGCUCAUUGUUGGAGAACGAACAAUUUCCAAGGCCAGUCCAUCACAGUAGUGCUGGGAUCCCUGCGUCUCUUCUCCGGCGGUACCAGGAUCACCACUACCAACAUUCAACUGCACAGCAACUUUAACACGAGAAAUUUGAACAAUGACGUCGCCAUAAUUACGAUUAACCGUGUUGAUUUUACCAACAACAUACGUGCCAUUGCUCUUCCUUCCGGCCUUUUGGAGUACUUGACAUACGUGGGCAACCGUGCUACGGCCGUCGGCUAUGGCAGACUGCAAGACAGUGGCUCCAACAGCAACGAAGUAUUACACCAAGUGUCAUUAAUCGUGAUUGAAAACUUUGUGUGCACUGACAUUUAUGGGCCAAGUACCAUCAUCGACUCUACCCUCUGUACUGACACACAAGGCCGCAUUGGUACCUGCCAAGGUGACUCAGGAGGUCCUCUUGACUUCUCUUUCCAAAACGUGCGAUACUUGAUUGGUGUAACAUCAUUUACAUCACAACGCGGCUGUCAAGCUGGUCUGCCAGCUGGUUUCGCUCGUGUCACUUCGUUCCUCCAAUGGAUCAGAGCUCGUUUAUAAAUUACCUAGUCGAUUUUAUAAGUAAAACUGAUUUAUGUGUAUUAUGUAAAUGUUAUGUAAUUUAAUAUGUAAUUAAAUGAUAAAUGAGUUUAUUGAUUUUAAAUACUUACGUAAAUAAUAUUAAACAUUCAUAGAUCUAACUAUUUAGAUGACUAUAGAAAUUAUAUAAGCAUUCGUCGAUAGUGUGUACAUGCAUAAAAAAACGAUAUCUCUUUAUUUAAUAUGAUUUAAGGUAUAUUAACAUAAAGCACUAUCAUUAU